UUGAAAAGAUAGUUUUCUGAAACAGCCCACUUUCGUCCUAGAGAUGAACAGGAUUCCUAUACACCAGUCUCCGGAGAGGGCUGCGUGAUUGUGAAAGCUUGUCUAGAUUAGCUCCUGUGUUGGUUGGACAAGAUUUCAUUUUUUUUAAUCCACCUUUUCCGCCACCGAACAGUGAACACUUCUGUUUAUCGUGUAUGUCAUGAUUUUACACUUGUAUGAACGACUGGGAGUCAACAGAUAAAGCAGCAAAAGUUGUAGAUGGCAAUUCAUGCUUGGGGCAGCCUUCUGGUACCUUGCUGAAGUGGGCAAGUUGUGACUGGAUGCAGUUGACAUUAUUUGCAAUCCACACAUAACUGUACUCUUCCCCCUUGGUACCUUAACAUGGGGAACCUUCUUAAAGUUUUGACAUGCACAGAUCUUGAGCAGGGGCCAAAUUUUUUCCUUGACUUUGAAACUCUAAAGAGCAGCUCCGCUGUAUGUCCAUCAGUACUCAAAGCAAACUUGCUAAAUGGGGAAAAACCUGAAGAUAGAUGAUUGCUCUGGUUCAAAAAUGCUGAUCCCAAUGUGUCGAGCUAUUCCAAGUCGAACCAAUGACCAAGCAGCAGAUGCACAGCCUACAGAUGCUGAAAGCGAAGUAUUUAAUCAGGUGAAUGUAGUAUUAAAGGAUGCAGAGGGAAUCCUGGAUGAUCUACAAUCGUACAGAGGGGCAGGACAUGAAAUAAGAGAGGCAAUCCAACAUCCAAGCGAUGAAAAUUUGCAAGAAAAAGCAUGGAGUGCAGUGUGUCCACUAGUAGGAAAACUAAAGAAGUUCUAUGAAUUCUCCCAGAGAUUAGAAGCAGCGUUGCAUGGCUUGUUGGGAGCGCUGACGAGCACACCAUAUAGUCCCACACAACAUCUUGAGCGAGAGCAGGCUCUUGCCAAGCAGUUUGCUGAGAUCCUUCAUUUCACUCUACGAUUUGACGAACUUAAGAUGACAAACCCUGCUAUACAGAAUGACUUCAGUUACUACAGGAGAACUUUAAGUCGUAUGAGGAUCAAUAAUGUUCCAGCAGAAGGAGAAAAUGAAGUAAAUAAUGAACUGGCCAAUAGAAUGUCCCUGUUUUAUGCUGAAGCAACUCCAAUGCUGAAAACCUUGAGUGAUGCCACAACAAAAUUUGUUUCGGAUAACAAGUCUCUACCCAUAGAAAACACCACUGACUGCUUAAGCACUAUGGCAAGUGUAUGCAGAGUUAUGCUGGAGACACCGGAAUACAGAAGCAGAUUUGCAAGUGAAGAAACAGUAUCAUUUUGUCUGAGGGUGAUGGUGGGUGUCAUCAUUCUUUAUGACCAUGUGCAUCCAGUUGGGGCAUUUGCUAAAACGUCCAAAAUUGAUAUGAAAGGGUGCAUAAAAGUCUUAAAGGAUCAGCCUCCAAAUAGUGUAGAAGGCCUUCUGAAUGCUCUCAGGUACACCACCAAACAUUUGAAUGAUGAGACUACCUCCAAGCAAAUUAAGACAAUGUUGCAGUAAAGCAUAGCAACAGAGCUGGCUACAGAGAACAGUAUUUCGCAAUGUUCGAGAUGCAGAGAUAUGUUUUUAAUGUUUAAAGAAUGCAACUGCUUUUUUCUUUGUUUUUUAAAAUGUGUUCCUGCUCUUUAAAAAAUCGCUAAACUUAUUUUCUGUGCCAAAUUCUCUAAAAAUGACAAAGUGCAAAAAGUGUUUACUUUGUUUUGCGUUUGAAUGAAUGAUCAUGGAGCACAUUGGCAGCUACUAUUCCAAGUUGGGUGUCUUUGUAUGUGUAAGAAAAUUCAGUAACUUGGCCUAAAAGACAAAGAAAAUCUCUUCUGUUUCUAUCGAUUAAUAUUUAAUACAGCUUCUGCAUGACAAAAUCUUUUCAUGCUGUGUAAAACUUAAAAAAAAGUCAUUUUCUAUCGCAGCUUCAUCGUGUGCAGCCAUUAAAAAAAAUUGAACAGAUGUUAAAUUAACUAUAUAUGUUUUAUUGUACAAAAAGGUACCUAGCACAACAGACUACAAAUUAUAGUACAGGUCUGUUUUGUUAAUACUUCAGUUUUCAUUGACUCAUUUUGUACGAGUGUAUGUAAGUUUAACAUUCAUAAAACUAACGUUAAACUGUGAUGUGUGCGUAACAGAUGCGUAUGCAUGUACAUGUAAAAUGGACAGCUGUUAGUCAAAUAAAAUGAGCUUUUGUUUUUCUAAAA